GGUGACGAAGACAUCGACGGCCGUAGAGGUGGAGGCGGCGGCGGCGGCGACGGAGACGACGACGGUGCUUGUUCGAGGCGGUUGUCAAGAGACCUCUGUAGGGCUUUUCAAUUUUAGUUGAAAGUCUCCCGAUGGCCUUUUGGAGUCAAUUAGCCUAUUUCCAGAGUGGAUCUCAAUUGCUCUAUAUUUCAUCAAUGUUGGAGUGGAAAGAAAAAGGUGGAAUUGAUUUGGGUUGAAAAGGUAUAAGAAAAUCAUAAACUCAGAAGGUGAAUAUGGGUGAAAAGAAACCAGAGCCUCUGGACUUUGUAAAAGAUUUUCAGGAAUAUCUCACACAGCAGACCCACCACGUGAACAUGAUCUCAGGAUCAGUUAGUGGGGACAAAGAAGCAGAGGCUCUUCAGGGAGCUGGGGCAGAUGGUGAUCAAAAUGGACUUGAUCAUCCAUCUGUUGAAGUGUCCUUGGAUGAAAACUCAGGAAUGCUGGUAGACGGAUUUGAAAGAACAUUUGAUGGAAAACUAAAAUGUCGAUACUGCAACUAUGCCAGCAAAGGAACAGCACGGCUCAUUGAACAUAUUAGAAUUCACACAGGUGAAAAACCUCAUAGAUGUCAUUUAUGUCCAUUUGCAUCAGCUUAUGAGCGUCAUCUGGAAGCCCAUAUGCGGUCCCAUACUGGUGAAAAACCAUACAAAUGUGAAUUAUGUUCUUUCCGCUGCAGCGAUAGAAGUAAUCUUUCCCAUCAUCGUAGGCGUAAACAUAAAAUGGUACCAAUUAAAGGUACUAGGUCUUCCUUAAGCAGCAAGAAAAUGUGGGGGGUUUUACAAAAGAAGACUAGCAAUCUAGGGUAUAGCAGAAGAGCACUUAUCAAUUUGAGUCCACCUUCCAUGGUGGUUCAGAAACCAGACUACCUGAAUGAUUUUACCCAUGAAAUCCCAAAUAUCCAGACUGAUACAUUUGAAAGCAUGGGAAAAACAACGCAGACUGGUGGCCUGCCAAGGGACCCACAAGAACUCAUGGUUGACAACCCCUUAAAUCAGUUAUCUACUUUAGCAGGACAGUUAUCUAGUUUGCCACCUGAGAAUCAAAACCCAGCAUCCCCUGAUGUUGUUCCAUGCCCUGAUGAAAAGCCUUUUAUGAUUCAGCAGCCCACCACCCCGGCAGUCGUUUCUGCUGUAUCAACAAGUAUUCCUCAGAACUCAUCUCCUACAAGUCCCGAACCUCGGCCAUCACAUAGUCAGAGGAACUAUAGCCCUGUGGCAGGCCCGAGCAGUGAACGCAGCGCUCACACUAGUACUCCCAGCAUAAGUAACAGCCAGCCCAGCACGCCAGCCCCAGCCCUGCCAGUUCAGGACCCUCAGCUUCUGCAUCACUGCCAGCACUGUGACAUGUACUUUGCAGACAAUAUCCUUUAUACUAUUCACAUGGGAUGUCAUGGGUUUGAAAACCCUUUUCAGUGUAAUAUAUGUGGAUGCAAAUGUAAAAACAAGUAUGAUUUUGCCUGUCAUUUUGCAAGAGGGCAACAUAACCAGCACUGAUACAAAACAAUCACAUCAUGCUAUUUUUUUGGUCUUGCUUUUCUAAAAUUUCAUGUUUCUAUCAUCCUUAAUGAGGUAUCUACUAAUUUAAAAGAUCAUAUCUUACGUUUCUAAAUUGUAAAUUUGACAAUGGAGACAAAUUUUUCUUGUCUGGUCAUUUAUGUGUUAGUGAUAAGGCUAGAUAGGAUUUCAUUUAGUUUGAAGUCUUUUUUUUCUUUGUUGACUAGAUAAGAAUUGGCGUACAAUUAUAACUUAUGAGCCUUCAUUUAAUUUUCCUACCUUUAACACUCAUAAGUAAUUUAUAAUGCUCAUUCAGUUGUCUUAGUACUUCCAUCCAUGUUAUUUCAGCUUGUAGAGGUGAUUUCGUACCUUGUAACUUCUACCAUGUUCUAAAAUGGUGAAUUAAAAAAUAUAUAUGUUAAACCAAACCACUUAAAUAUUUAGUGUGAGGGUUGUUUUAAAAUGACUUUUGAUAACUAUAUUCCCAUGUUUUGAAUUCAAGCAGUUGUAUCAGUUAUAAACUAACAAUGGCUUUAACUCACUUCAGUUUAGGAAAUUGCCUUUUUGCCAAGGGGGAAAAAAUGAUACACAGUUUCUGAUGUUAAAAUAAAAAUUUGUUAUGAAAAAAAUUCAAAUACCUUUUUCUUGAAAAGAAAAAAAGCCUAGAAUCUAAAAUUAGUUUGAAAAUAUAUUGUUCACUUCCAUGACAUAAAAUAAAUAAAAUUUCAUAUUUGUAUCUUUUUUUACUCUGUUUUGGCAUGGGUGAAAAGGUGGUGUCCAAUUUCCAUUGCAACGACACUAUUGCACUUUCAGUCUUUUGAAAAAAAAAAAAAAAAAAGAGUUAAGCAAAGUAAAUAUCUCUUGGAAUAAUGGUAUCUACUGUUUCACAGAAGUGUCCCUGAAAAUGUCUUUUUCUUUAACUUUGUACUUUUUUUUCAUUUUAAUUUUUUUCUGGUGUCAUAGGCAUCAGACAAACUAGAUAACUAAUAGGUAUUCCAAUUUCCUUCUAAUAAUUUGAUUACCAAAGACGAACAUCAGAAUGUCAUCCUAUACAAUUACUUUUUUUUUAGUCCUGGAAAAUAUUCUUCAAAAGGUUUGGGAUUUUCUGCUCUUCCUUCUGUCCCUUCCUUACCUGACAAUCUUUUCUGAGAAAGCUACAGAAACUUGGAUAUAUAUAAACAAAAUUUAAUUUGAAAAAGUAAUGUAACAUAAGUCACAAGAGUAAACCUAUUCAAAACAAGCCUUAAACUCUUGUGUAAACUAGUUUAGUGCCAAUAUUUUCUUUGGAUUCAAACUGUCAUGCUCAUUUGCAGACAUGCCAAAACAGUAAAUAAGAAUAAUGAUGAUGAUGAUGAUAAUUGUAUAUAGUUAUACAUCUAUGAAGGGCAUUUAUAUCAGUUCAAUGAUAAAGAAUGGAAGCAUAACUAUAGGGAGAAAUUUUCCUAAAUGUGACAUUAGAUACUUUAUAGAUUAUAAGUACCACUUAAAUAUAGAAUGAAUUCACUAUGAAGAGAAGGCAACUUUUUUUUCCCAAGACUAUAAUUAAAAAAACAAUUAGGUUGGUUAAACAAUUACUGAUAAUUUUUAAAUGUAGCUUGGAUCUGAAAAUAGUACUGCAUAGUCUUACAUAGAAAAUCUUAAUUUUUAAAGUAUAUUUAUUAGCCAAAAAGGACCUCUAACAAAUAAUAAAGCUCCCCCAAUUGUGUAAAGCUAAUGGACUCUCCAGUUCCCACUGAGGUGGGAAUGCUGGAAAGCCAUUAAAAUAUGCUUUUGUGUUUAGCAUAAAUUAUAAAUUCAUCUUGAUCAAAGUAUUUCAGUAUAUUGAAUUUAAAACUAUCUCCCCAAAACAAUUAUAAGUUUCUCUUCCUCAUAAAAUUUAAAGGUAUAAGCCUCAGAAACAAAUAAUUCUAUUUUGCAGUAUUACUUAUUUUAUUUGAAAAUCAUUCUUACAGUAGGAAUCUAACUAUAAGAUUUGGUACUUUAUUUUAUUGUGGGAGGAAAGAAAUAUAAUUAUUUGAAACAUUUUGAAUUUUAAAAAAAUACACUCCUGUAUAGCCCAAAAUAUAAAAUGGAAUUUUUAACUUUUAAAAACUUGCUUGUGAAAUACAGAAUAUAUAUUGUUGUCUGUGCCAAACAAUGACUUGAAUGUUUUUCUGACAACUAAAAGUGGAUUUUUUUAUGUACAUUUAAAAAUUAAAUAUAUAGAGGAUAGUUUUCCAGUUCUAAAUAAAAAAAUAUAUGUAAAUACAAAUAUUUGCUAUAACCUAAAAUAAAGAGCACAAUUGGUAUUCCAAAGUCAUUAUCUGCUUACAAGCUAAAUUUAAUUCUCAGUAUGCUGAAAUGCACUAAAUUGUUAAAGGUCAAUCUAUGAAAUUUUUUCGUAUUUUAAAAUUUAGGAAUUUAUUUAAAUUAUUUGAAAGAAUGUUAAUUCCUACACUUAAGUAUUAAACACAUAUUUUUGCCCCCUUUAUUUUUAGUCAAACAUUUUAUAAAUAAAAUUUGUUGGAAAAAGUUUAACAUGCACUAUUUAUAGUACUUUAUUGUUAACAGACAUUUUAAUAUUCUGAGACUAAAUUUAUUUUUGUUCAAUGAACAUAAUAACAAACACUUUAGAUUUAAAGUUGAUAACUUAUUUCCACUAACAUUUUUUUUAAGAAACUGUGAAGAUUGACAGGGAAAAAUGUUAGUUGACUUUACAAAUGGAGUGUAAAAAUACGGCUUCUUGAAAUUCAAGUAAAAACUGGCAAAAACAAGUAAAAUAAUAAUCCCAUUAUUAUGGAUAUUAAUUCAUAAAAAUAGGGAUAAUCCCAUAGGAUAUUUUCCACCAUUGUUUCAAUACAGAAAUAGAUGUGUUGCCAUAAAAGUGCAGGAUUUAUAUGACACAGGGAAUGUUAAAUUACGAAGAAAUUUUCAUUCAGGCCUCAUGACAAAUUCAGGUUCUGAGAAAAAUGUAUAACUAAUGUCCUAUUACAAAAAAAAAAAAAAAAUUCCCUCCUAAAUAUUUUUUUAUUGGUCAGUUUUAAGAGUCUAUAUGCAUUGUGUUCACUUUUGUUAAUGUGUAUUUCAAUGUAAAGAGCAUAUUUUGUAUUCAAAAGAUGAAACGAGUUAUGGAUGUAAGAUACAUUAUAUUGUGCAGCGAUUACAGAAGAAUUUAAUGCUGAAUAACUCAACUUUAGUGCAGUUCAUGUUGUGAAGCUUUGCUUUUGUAAAAUAUGAAUAAAAAACCACUUUCUAAUGACUAAUAUCCUUUUUAAAAGAUCUAUAACCCAAUUUAUAUUUUGUUAAUUGAACUUGAAUAUAGCAAAUCAGCAAAAGCAACUUUACUAAGCAA